GCAGACAAAUGUGCAAAAUAUUUUCCUUUUUGUAUAACGCAAAUGGGUUAAGGUUCCAAACCAUCCAACUUGUCUACUCGUAUGAACACCAUGAAUUUAAGAAGACUUAUACUUUUCCAAAAGUUGAAUAUAUAUCUACACAUACUGAGAAAAUGUUUAUUCGGUCCCUAUCUCCUGUAGUGCACAUUUUUAGUUCUUCGUACACUUAUUUUGAAGGUGGCCGGAAAUAAUGUAUCCCGUCAUCUCUAGCUUCAUGGACUACCUGCGAGUUCCGUAAUGUGCCAACAAUGCUUUUUUAAAAUACAGUUUAUUUUGGAAGAACUUUACCGGAAAUACGUAGUUGAUGUUUUGUGUUGCUUUGACAGCCAUAGGUAAACAACAGGAGGAAGCUUGUUAACCGGAGUUUGUGCUGUAACUCGAGAUGCGGAGCACAGCUCAGCGCAUUUUACGCACGGUGACUGACCACAACAAGCCAGCGGGCACGUUACGUAAGCGCGCAGCCACAGCAGGCAUUUAAACAGUGAGUGUGUGAAGCUCCAGACCACAAACUUUCCCUCUGUGCUCCCGAAGCCUCUGACACCAGCGUGUCUCCAUCCGCACUCCGCACAGGUUUUGUUUACCGCACGGACAUGUCUUCUUACAACAACAGCGCGUGCUUUAACGAGGCCAGGAGGGUGGCUAUUUUCGGUGGCACGCACGGGAACGAGAUGUCAGGCGUGACGCUCGUGAACCUGUGGAUGAAGAACAGCGCCGAGAUUCAGAGGAAGAAGGUCGAGACCAAACCCUUCAUCACCAACCCGAAGGCGGUGGAGAAGUGUACCAGAUACGUGGACACGGACCUGAACCGAGCCUUCACCCCGGAAAACCUCAGCGCCCCGGGUGGAGACGACUUGCCCUAUGAGGUGCAGAGAGCCCAGGAGAUCAACAGGAUGUUCGGGCCUAAAGGAAGCCCAGAGGCCUACGAUGUUAUCUUUGACCUCCACAACACGACAUCCAACAUGGGCUGCACUCUGAUUCUGGAAAGCUCCAAAGAUCACUUCAAUCUGCAGAUGAUGAACUACAUCAAGAAAGCCAUCGCUCCAGCCAGUUGUCUUGUCCUCCUGAAUGAACAUCCUCUUCUGAAAUAUUCCACUUCACGCUCUGUGGCCAAGCACCCUGUUGGUCUGGAAGUGGGGCCUCAGCCUCAGGGAGUACUGAGGAGUAACAUCUUUGAAGCCAUGAGGGUAAUACUGAAACACGCCCUGGACUUCAUCGAACUGUUUAAUGAAGGCAUGGAGUUCCCUCCCUGCACAGUGGAAGUUUUCCGGGUCUUGGAGAGGAUCGACUACCCGAGAGACGCCAAUGGAAACAUCAUUGCCAUGGUUCACCCCAAUCUGCAGGACGGUGACUGGGAGCCGCUGAACCCUGGUGACCCUAUGUUCCAAACAUUUGACGGGAAGACCAUCCACUACCAAGGCUCCGGCACCGUCUAUCCCACUUUUAUUAAUGAGGCAGCCUAUUAUGAAAAACAACAGGCGUUUGUUACCACCAGGCGAGAAACCUUGGUAGCGAGUGCCAUCAGAAAAGCAUGAAAACUGCUUUGUGAGGCUAACAGCGAUCAUGAAUAUUAUGUUAGCCAGAGCAACAAUCUGUGUAUAGAUUUUGCACUUUGUUCUGUUAGCAGUUGACAGACUUUCCUCACAUGAUCACUAGAUACCAUCUUUUACAUGCUGAUUUAAUUUUUAAUGCAUUUCCUAUCAGAAAAUCAAUUAACUAUGCAAAGAAUAUUUGUGGAGGCUGUGCAAAGAGUCACUGUGAAAGUCUUUGAUCUGAAGACUGGUAUAUUGUUGUGGUAAGUAUUUAUGAUACUGUUCUUAUUUAAAAUAUAUAUAUAUAUUUACAUUACAUCAACUAAGUUUUUAUAAUAUUAAAGGUUAAAUAUUGAUGGAUUAUGAAUCAUUAUACAACACUCUUUAAGUUUCCAACUACUGCUCAGGAAGGCCCAUCCAGGAAUCAUAACCUGCAACUUUUGACCCAAAACUGUAGCUGUUUGUCUUCUUCUCAAAAUAUAUUUGUAACAUCUUUAGGAGGGUGUUUGUGGCCUUUGAUACUAACUACCUGUAACUCCCAUGGUUGCAUCUGUGGUGCUGUCCUAUCGUUGCCUUAAUGGGGAUUUCUGAGAAAAUUGCACAAAGAAUUUGGAGUGGAACUUGUGGAUUAUAUGUGUUGGAUGACAAGAAAUUAUUUUGAUAAGAAAUGGUUUAUGUUCCUGUUCCGCCAUACAAAUGGGAUGCAGUUUGAAACGUGUUUUAUAAUCAUAUAUUUGUGUCUAUUUUGAUAUACUUGUACUGUAUGUGUGGUUUUAAGUGAUGUAUAGGACAUGUUGAAUCAUGGAAAGCAUACGUUCUUUCUAAUGUUUUUAUGUAUUUGUCAUCUCAAAGUGUAUCGCUGUGGUCUUACAGUAAUUCAGUUUUCAUUCAGCAAUAUUUUUGGUAGCAACAUUUAUAUGAUUAGUAAAGUCCUGUGGGAAUUAUCCAAUCAAUAAAUAUAGUACUAUGCCAUA